AUGCGUUUACUGUUUCUAAUCGCUCUCGCUUGUGGCCUGGCCAACGCUCAAGUGGUCAACGUGACGAUCUUCACAGAAUCUCAAUGUCCAUUUUGUACACGAUUACUGCGAGAACAGAUCUGGCCGUUCCACGCCACUCGGCCGGGGAUUAUGAACUUACAGGUCAGUUUUGUUUAUUUAACUCUAAACUCAGGUCAAAGUCCAUUAAGUUUUACAAAUGUUGCAAUUUAGAAGGAAUUUUGAGUAAUCACAUGGUGAAAUUAAUUUCAUGUGUUUAACUUUAGAUUAUUCCAUUUGGAAAAGGAAACUGUGAGUAUACCUAUGACAGACAGCUGGCCUGUACUUGUAUGCACGGCCAAACAGAAUGUGAUCUCAAUAGACUUCAAAAUUGUGCCAUUUCUGUAAGUUGUACCUACCCUAAGCAUCAUUUUUGUAAAAUAAUUUACUUUUCGCCCGAAAGAUAUCAAAAAUUAUGAUUACUAUUAGAUGGUUGCAAAAGUUUUCCGCCAAUUUCGUUUUUUGUUUAAAAUCAAUGCUUACAAAAGCAAAUGGUAAAACAAUAAUAUAUUUUACCACCAAUACUUGACUUUACUCAUCUCUUUGUUUAGUAUUUCCCUCGUCGUCAUCUUGGUCUAGUCACGUGUAUCCAAGGCUUGGCCAACCUCGACGAAGCUUUUACUAGAUGUCUCAGCAGACUCAGUCCAAAAAGCCAGCAGCGUUUGAUGGACUGUGCCAAGACCCAGACUGGGGAAGUUCUCAACUACUACUCUAUGGUCAACACGCACCGUGCUGGAGUUCGUAUCUGGCCUACCGCUUAUGUCAACGGAAAGUUCUUCGACCGAAGUUACCCUAUGGAGACCGAGAUCUGCAGACACACUGACUAUUGUUAA